CAUCAUACUGUAGCGUGGCGAGGGUGGCCCAUGAGGGCGGGCCGUGUGACGUAGAGUCGAGGCUCUGGCUGUUUAUUGUUCCUUUCUCAGCACCGAAAGAGAAAACGGGCUAAGAGGCUGUUAGCUACCUUUUUCACACGGUCGGUUUAAAGAAGGUGUAACAGUCAAGAUAACUGACUGAACAAACCAGGGGCCAUGGCAUAUGCGUAUCUCUUCAAAUACAUCAUUAUCGGAGACACGGGUGUGGGGAAGUCAUGUCUAUUACUACAGUUCACAGACAAGAGGUUUCAGCCAGUGCAUGACCUCACCAUUGGUGUGGAGUUUGGAGCAAGGAUGAUCACUAUAGAUGGCAAACAGAUCAAACUGCAGAUCUGGGAUACGGCUGGUCAGGAGUCGUUCCGGUCCAUCACCAGGUCUUACUACAGAGGAGCUGCAGGAGCACUGCUAGUCUAUGACAUCACAAGACGGGACACCUUCAACCACUUGACGACCUGGUUAGAGGACGCUCGCCAGCAUUCCAACUCAAAUAUGGUCAUCAUGCUCAUUGGCAACAAGAGUGAUCUAGAGUCGAGGAGAGAGGUGAAGAAGGAAGAAGGUGAAGCAUUUGCCAGAGAACACGGUCUCAUAUUCAUGGAGACUUCAGCCAAGACUGCCUCUAAUGUAGAGGAGGCUUUCAUCAACACAGCUAAGGAGAUCUAUGAGAAGAUCCAGGAGGGAGUGUUUGAUAUCAACAAUGAGGCUAAUGGUAUUAAGAUUGGACCCCAACACCCUACCACCAACUCCACACUGUCUGGUAGCCAGGGAGGCCAACAGGCUGGAGGGGGCUGCUGCUGAAGCACCAAAACACACCUCCUCUUCUACCCUAACCCUUGGUCCUUAUUCUCACCCUCUCCAACCCUUCCUUGCAUUUCUAAAGAACUGUCCGGCAUCACUAAUAGUUUAACCUCUCCUCCUCUCCUGCUCCAUUCUUUCAUCCAGCCAUAUCAUUCCUAGGUCUCUUGACAGUGCCUAAGGGUCUGAGGGCUGUGUUCUCAUAAGUCAGCCACCUUAAGACAGUCUUAUGAGGACAGAGUCCACUUCAUCUGCAGAUAUACCCAUCAAAUUUAAAAGUUCUGUAGUUUAUUUUUUGUUUUUUAGGUUUACAGAUUUUAAUUUUCUUAUUUAAAAUUGUUAAUUCGUGUAUCUGGUUGAGCUAUUUCAGAACAUCAGAAUCAUAAACAAAACAUUUUCAGUAACUCAGUUGACUUCUUCCAGAUAUAGGCAGGAUUGUGUGUGUGGGGACUAAAUGCUUAACAACUGACUAUAUGGAAUGAAAUAUGCACAGUGUUGUGUCUGCACACACAUCUGUACAUGUUUUUAAAGAAAAUGAAGCAGUGUGUUGACAGCAGGGCAUGUUUCUGCACGUCGAGUCAGUUUUCAUGCUUUGUCAGUGUGUAAAUGGAUGAUAUACUGUAGGUAUUCCAGUAUGUCAGGUUGUAAGGUGGAGGAGGCAUUCAAGUCACUGUUUUCUGUCCAUAAAACAAUGUGCAAAUGAUGUCAUUUUGUGCUUCCUUUCCCUAUUUUACCCUUAUUUUGUUUUCUCACUGUCUUUUUGCCCUGUUUGUUGACUUUCAGAUGAUUCGUAUUUAAUGAACACUACAAACUGACUAUGGCUUAAAAGUGUUUUAAAUUCUCUGGCUGGGGAGGGAAUAAAAGACCAAACUGCUACGUGUGAAAAUGGAUCCAUUUCAGAAAAGCAAGACAGUAGAAGUAAAGUUAUGGGAUGCAUUGAGCAGUGGCUGCCAUUAUGUAAUUAAAAAGUAAAAGGAAAAAUGUAUUGGAAAUCAAGAUUUUUUUUUUGUUUUGUUAACUGUAUUUAUCAGUCGCAUUUCUGUGUGUAUAUAUGGCUCCUUGGGUUUCUGUAAGUUUUCUGGCUGUUUAGGGUGAACCUUGGCAUGUGGUUGUGGUCUAGUUAUUUGUUUAACCAGGGGCUGGACAAGAUAUCAUUCUGGAUCUCAAAGUAGCUUGGCUAUUUAAGAGUUCUCAUUUAAACUUGAAGGUACUGAACCACCCUGUUACAAUAGGGUUGUUGGUGUCCUUUCUUUUAAAUGAAAAGUAUGAAUGAUAAUGGGCUGUUAACAGAAUUGUGCAGGUGAAUUCGAAGUCCCUGGUGGAAAAAAUGUCAAGGUGUCUCCCUUUCAAGUAAGCUAAGAUUCCCACCACCUGGCAGAUAUAUAAUGCAUACUGUUGAGAGCUUCAAUAAUGAUUGCUGCAAUGUUUUUUGCUUCAAAAUCCCCGAUUUAAAAGGCAUCAUUGUACUGUUAUGACCAUAUUUUACUACUUCAGUUAUUUAACUGUCAUCCCUCCCACCCUUCUCUCUUUCUAAGACUGUGUGGUUAUAUUAGCUCUGUACCUAUGGUUAAUGCCAAAUUAUUAUUUACCUGUCUUUGGUCCAAAAAGGGGG